AUGAUCAAGAGCGAGACGCCGAGUGGAGACGUGCCCUGCGGCUCGGCGCAGCACUGUCCGUUCACGGAGAGGGAUCGGUUUGCCGGUUUCCUCACGUUUCUCAUCUGUGGGGUUGCUUCGCUUUCUUGCUGGCAAUUUCUCCUCUCGAUGACGCCGUAUAUUGAAAUGACGUUCUUCGAUUCUGCGCCAAUUGGCAACUCCCUGCUGGGUGUCUACCAGGUCGGGUGCAUUUUCGUACAGCUGGUACUGAUGUUUCUUGUUGACAGCAUGCAACCAUGGAUCGUGAUUUCCGCCACUGUCUUCGACGCGGUUCUCGCGAUUGUGUUUCCGCUUGUUGUCACUUUGGGUCCCCCCGUCGCCAAAACUGCCUUAAUGCACAUUGUGGCGCUCCUGUUUGGAGCGAGUGCGGGAGUCAUGUGCGGAGGCAGCAUCUCCGUCGCAAGCGCUAUGCCGUACAACUUCAUUGGCUCAUUUUCAAUGGGUCAAGGCGUCGCAGGAAUUGUGAGCUUCUUUGUGAACUUGAUCUUUUCGACAUAUUUGUUCGACCUCGGAACUGAAGCAGGACUCUCACGCAUGCUGUGGCUUGUGUUUUCCAUCUCGGCGGGCGUUUCUUGUGUCUCCGCCGCGCUCCUGCUGUUUGCCGUCCGGCAGCCCUGGGCAGCUCGACAGCUCACUCGGUACUGGGACGCCAAGCGUAGCCGCAAGCAAGGCAAUCGGUGGGCGGAGAUCCAGCGCCGAUGGAAGGGCGCGCGCAGUCUCCCUGUGGAUCAGAAUAAGGUAUUUGCAACCGCAGAUCCGGCUUCGGAACUGCAGGUCGUGGACCCACAAAAAGCUCGUGGCGGGCGUGUCUCUUACGGGGGUUCCCAGGGCAAUCCAAACUCCGUGUCCGUGGAGGCGGCUCAAGACGAAGUGGAGGGUUUACCAACAUUUACGCCCGCAAGAGAUGGUUCCAAGGGCCAGCCUUCGUUGCACGCGGCCAAAGCCGCCUCGCUAGGAGAUAUCGCCGGACCCAAGAAGGCCGAGGAACUGUGCAUGCGGGCUCCGGACCGCCGGAUAUCGGUUGGAAGCAGAGAAGGAACUCAGUGCGAACUGUCCCUGGACGGCGUGGACGACGAGUGCAACUUACCUUCACGAGGGUGGAGGUUUUUCCUGAAAGACUCUGGGAGCUUCCUCUUUUGCGUGUUCUUCAACUUCUUUGUCACUCUGAAUCUCUUCCCGCGCGUCGGCCCUAUCAUGUGGCACUACCCCGGUUUCGCGAAGAACGGUCCACAGUACAUUAUUCUUUUCGGCCUGUUCUCCGUCGGCGACUUCUGUGGGAAAUCUAUCCCAGACCUCUCUGCUCUUUUCCCGCAGCUGAAGCGCUGGCUCACGAUUCCGGAGAAAAUGCUGCUCCCCGUUGUGUUGGGGCGGCUUGUGUUCGCAGUAUUCUUCCUCCUUGGCGCGUACCUCACGAAUGACUUCUUCAACUCCUUUGCUCUCUAUGUGAUUCUAAUUUUCCUUCUCUCUGUAACGAAUGGCUGGUGUGCGACAGCAUCCAUGUUGUACGCAAGCUCUUCUGUGAAGCGUUUCGAGGAGAAAGAAAUUGUUGGACCGACUUCAGUCCUCAUGCUUCUCGUAGGGAUUAUGGCAGGCGUUUAUUCGGCUCUGGCAUACUAG